GCUAGGGCAUUAGUAAGAGACCCAAAAAUCUUACUUUUGGAUGAAGCCACAAGUGCACUCGAUGCGGAAAGCGAAUCUGUGGUGCAGAAGGCCUUGGAAAGGGCGUCCAUUGGUCGCACAACGAUAAUUAUAGCACACAGGCUAUCAACAAUCAGGAAUGCCAAUAAAAUCAUUGCUAUGAAAGUUACCCAUGUCGAGGAAGAGGACCACGCAGCUGAUAUGAGACGUGCAAGUCUUUCGAGAGAGAUCUCUGUGCAAACGGUCAAUGAUAUGCAGAUUAGAAUGCGUGGCGCCACAAUCAUGACGAUGGAAGGACAAGAGCAGGAGGAAACAAAGGAGAAGAAGGAUGAUAUUACGCGACUGAAGAAAGGUUAG